CAAUAAAAAACUGGUAAAACACGGAAGAACUCAAUUUCCCAUAAUGCCCUAUUCCCAUUUCCGCAUCUACGGGUUGACUAAGGGGCUCUUGCACGGGGUGAACUUCCUUUCGCUCCGACAUCUUGACGAGGAAACAUGCCUCCCAAGCAGGAUAAGAAGAAGGAUGCUGGGAAGUCCAAAAAGGACAAGGACCCAGUUAAUAAGUCCGGAGGCAAAGCCAAGAAGAAGAAGUGGUCCAAGGGAAAAGUGAGGGAUAAGCUCAACAACUUGGUACUCUUCGACAAGGCAACCUACGAAAAGUUGUACAAAGAAGUCCCCAACUACAAGCUCAUCACCCCCGCUGUUGUGUCUGAGAGGCUGAAGAUCCGUGGCUCCCUUGCCAGGAAUGCCCUCCAGGAGCUGCUUGCCAAAGGCAUGAUCAAACUGGUGUCCAAACACAGAGCGCAGCUGAUUUACACACGUAACACCAAGGGUGGAGACGAGGAGGCAGCAGAGGAGAAGGAGAAGGAAGAGAAAGAGAAGGAGAAGGAGAAGAAGAAGGAGAAGGCAUAAUCGGGUUCUCCUGUUUCCUCUGAUGGGCCGUUUGUAAUAAAAGGUGAAUAAAAACUGUAAAGACAACAUCA